GGUCGAACUGCCCUAUCAGUGGCAGCUGAAAAGGGGCAUGAAAGGGUUAUCGAGCAGUUACUUGCCUCAGAGAUCGUCGACGUUAAUUUCCGUGAUGACUAUGGUCGGACACCCCUAUGGUAUGCAGCUACAAACGGUAUUGGAUCAAUAGUUGGGCUGUUGCUCACCCACGAUGAUAUUGAUGUAAACAUAAAAGACAAUAAGGGCCAGACACCACUGCUACGAGCUACUUAUUCUGGACACAGCGAAGUGGCCGAAAUACUCCUC